AUGGAUGAUGAUAUAGAUUUUGAGUUUUUUCUCCACACAUGGAGUACGAAGAAUCCAACGGAUCGUAUUUUCAUUAUAUCUUGCUUAGUUGCUGCCCUGGUUGGAAUUUUGACCAUCUUCUAUACGGCUUUUCAGUGGAGGAGAAACAUUAAUCUUAGUUGGAUGAAAGCUAUAGCUAGAUCUAAGAAAAACCCAAAGGCAAAGCAUAAAGUUCCUGUGGCUCCUCAUACUUGGGAUCUAGAAUCGGUAUCUCGUGUAAAGAAUUCAAACUGCUGUGUAUGCUUCAAAUCAAUAUCACCCUCUCAAACUCUAGGUCCUAUAGUAGCUUCAGACAGUUUUAUCCACCGGUGCUGUAUUUGUGGUGCAGUAGCUCAUCUAAGUUGUUCUUCUAGUGCACACAAGGACUGUAAGUGUGUUUCUAUGAUUGGAUUUGAGCACGUCUUACACCAGUGGGCUGUUCGUUGGACAGAUGUAGCUGACCAGCCUGAUGAACCUACUUUCUGUAGUUACUGUGAAGAGACGUGUGGUGGGACCUUCCUCAGUGGUUCCCCUAUAUGGUACUGCUUGUGGUGCCAACGUUUAGUACACGUUGAUUGUCAUGGUUCAAUGUCUAAUGAAACGGGCGAUAUAUGUGAUCUGGGCCCUUUUAAAAGAUUAAUACUGUCUCCUCGGCAUGUGAAGGAAUUCAAUCGGAACUUGCCAGGUAGUUUUCUUAGCUCAAUUACCCAUGGUGCAAAUGAGAUAGCAUCUUCAGUUCGAGCAAGUAUUAGGAGCCAGAGCAAAAAGUACAAACAUGGAAGUGAAACACAGGUUGAAUCUGGGAAUAGUGGGAGCACUGGUGAAAUAUCCACAGAAAGCACUGCUGAUUCUCAUCAAAUAGCUAAUGGUCAUCAUAUAAUAGAGGAAAAAAAUAUUGUUGCAUCAAAUGAAGAGGUUCAACAACAAGAUAGUGAAGUAGAUAAUAAGAUGGACAGAAAACCCAGUUUCAGGCGCAAUUCAUCUAUAAAUCAGAAGGAGGACUCCCAGGUGUCAGGAGUGAAACAGAAUUAUGAGUUGACUGGUUUGCCUCCAGAUGCAAGACCAUUGCUAGUUUUUAUAAACAAAAAGAGCGGGGCCCAGCGAGGAGACUCACUUAGGCUGCGUCUGAAUAUUCUCUUAAAUCCUGUUCAGGUAUUUGAAUUGAGCUCAUCGCAGGGGCCAGAGAUGGGACUUUAUUUAUUUAGAAAGGUGCCUCACUUCAGAGUUCUUGUAUGUGGCGGAGAUGGUACUGUUGGUUGGGUUCUGAAUGCAAUAGAAAAACAAAAUUUUGAUUCCCCUCCCCCAGUUGCCAUUCUUCCCGCCGGUACUGGAAAUGAUCUCGCUAGAGUUCUCUCUUGGGGAGGUAGCUUGGGUCCAGUAGAGAGGCAAGGGGGCCUUACAACAGUUUUGCAUCAUAUAGAACAUGCUGCGGUUACUAUUCUUGACCGGUGGAAGGUAACAAUCAGUAGCCCACAAGGAAAGCAACAACUCCAACCACCAAAGUUUAUGAAUAAUUAUCUUGGAAUUGGUUGUGAUGCAAAAGUUGCUUUGGACAUCCAUAAUCUGCGAGAGGAAAACCCAGAGAAGUUUUAUAACCAGUUCAUGAAUAAAGUUCUAUAUGCAAGAGAAGGUGCUAAAAGCAUAAUGGAUAGGACAUUUGAGGAUUUCCCUUGGCAGAUUCGUGUUGUGGUGGAUGGAGUUGAAAUUGAGGUCCCUGAGGAUGCUGAAGGGGUUCUUGUUGCAAAUAUUGGAAGCUACAUGGGAGGUGUAGAUUUGUGGCAAAAUGAGGAUGAGAAUUAUGAUAAUUUUGAUCCACAAUCUAUGCACGACAAAAUACUUGAAGUUGUGAGCAUAUCUGGAACAUGGCACCUGGGGAAGCUUCAGGUUGGGCUUUCUCGAGCUCGAAGACUUGCACAAGGACAGUCAAUUAAGAUACAAUUAUUUGCUAAGUUUCCUGUUCAAAUUGAUGGAGAACCUUGGUUUCAGGAACCUUGUACAGUUUCCAUAGCUCAUCAUGGCCAGGCCUUCAUGUUGAAGAGGGCGGCUGAGGAACCUCUUGGUCAUGCAGCAGCAAUGAUCACUGAUGUGCUUGAGAACGCUGAAACCAAUAAUGUAAUUAAUGCUUCACAAAAGCGAGCUCUUCUUCAUGAAAUGGCACUCAGGCUGUCCUAG